ACUACCAACAGCUGUUUUUUGUUAUUGUUAGGCUUGUGUAAUUUUUGAAAAUUUUAUUUAAUAAGUGUCGGAUAUGCGGGCUGUAAUUAAUGGUUUAAGAAGUGUUGUGAGGACAACAAAUUAUGCACCAAAUGGAAGAAAUAUUCUUAGGCAAAAUGAAUGCAUUCUGCGACCGCAAAUUCGACUAUUUGCGGCAAAGUCCUCGCCGGCUUGCUGGAAUUGCCAAAAUAAGUCGGAACUGAGGCAAAAUAUGAUCUGUUCGGAUUGUGGACACCUGCAGGAUGUGGAUGCGGGAAUAAAUUACUUUGAGCUGCUGAGCUUUCCCACAAAGUUUUCGUUGGAGCCGCAGAAGUUGACCCAAAGUUUCCGGCAAUUGCAGACCAUUGUGCAUCCAGAUAAAUAUAGCAAUAAAACUUCCCGUGAACAAACCAACUCCGCUGACUGGAGUUCCCUGAUAAACAAGGCCUACAAGACCCUCGCCACUCCAAUCGAACGUGGCCAAUACCUGCUGCAGUUGGAGGGCGAAACGAUGCCACAGGAUAAUAGUGCCCUGAAUAAGGAAUUCCUCAUGGCCAUGAUGGAGCGCAAUGAGGAAGUAGAGGAGGCAGAAGACGCAAAGUCUCUGGAGGAUCUUAAUGCCCAGCUUGUCAAGGAACUGGAGGAAAUGGCCCAAAGAUUAAGCUCUCUAUUCGAAGCAAAAGAUCUCCAGGGAGUCAAAGGAACUCUGGUGGAGAUGAAGUACCUGCUGAGCAUUCAGAGCAGCAUCAAGCAGAAGCAGCAACGUUUGCUGGGCAGCUGAUCGUUGUUAGCAAUCAACUUGGCUUAAAUACUCACACAAGUUAACUUGUUCCUAUCAGCUGUUGAGUCAAGAGAUCGUUUGUUGUAUAAUGUGAUUAAAAUGCGACAAAAAAAGAGUCAGUGCAAAUGAUAAA